AUGGAUCAUCAAUUUCUAUCGACAAUUGGCGAUAACUAUACAAUGAAUAUAUUUUUGAAUAAUUUGAAAACAUUGACCACCGAUGAAGAUGACGAACAAACCAGAAAUAUAUUGUUAAUUAGUUCCUAUACACUGAUUGUCAUAAUAUCACUGAUCGGUAAUCUAAUGGUAUGUAAAGUCUUGUCUGGCAAAAGCCGACAAAACUCGUUGACCACAACCAACCAAUUGAUAGCCAAUUUGGCGGUCAGUGAUCUGUUGAUGACCWCAMUGAACAUACCGUUCAAUAUCGCCCGUUUCGUAUUGGAUAACUGGCCAUUCGGUGAAACACUGUGUCUAUUAGUACCGUUCAUACAGUCCGUAUCGGUUCACUGUUCAUCAAUAACWAUGAUGUUUAUAGCCGUUGAACGAUACAAAAGUAUUAUACAUAACCAACAUUUGGCCGAUCGUUGCUGUUGUCGAUGGUUAUCGUGUGGCAGYAUAUUGUUUAUCAUAUGGCUAUUGGCCGCUGUCUUUUCCAUACCGCACGGCAUUUUCAAUCGUGUCAUAGUUAUCGGUGAUCCAGACAUUGGCCAACUGGUUCGUUGUCGGGUUGAAUAYCCGGAACCACACCAACAGUUUCGCCAGAGGCUGACAUUGAUAUCGUUUCUCAGUCAAUAUCUAUUACCAAUACUAUUGACGUGUGUCUGCUAUUURAGGAUCAGUUGUUUUUUGUGGCGCAAGAAAACUGUCGGCAAUUUGAAUGAAAAUCAACGAAAUAAUCACAUGAGACGUAAACUACAGAGGAUUAAAAUGUUAAUAAUGGUUGUACUGGUAUUUGCCACGUGUUGGCUACCGCUUAAUAUAUUUCAUUUGCUAACCGACUACGAGCUCAUCACUUAUAACUCGUAUUUAUUUUUCAUAACACAUUGGUUUGCAAUGUCCAGUGUCUGGUAA